AUGGCCUCGCGGAUGCCCCUGCAAGUCGACGGUGGGGCGCAGGCGGGCGCCCUGUCGCAGGCCGGUGGCGGCCAAGCCAACGCAGUCGCGCAGAGCCUUGCCACUGGCAACGCGCAGGCCGCUGCCAAAGCCAUCGCCAGCGCCGGCACGGGCGGCUCGCAGGCUGCUGGACAGGCUCUGGCGCAAACCGCUGCGCAAGGGGGCGGCCAGUCUGCCGCUGCAGCAAAGGCCGUGGCGCAGGCAGCCCAGCAAGCGCCCGACUCAACAGCCGCUGCCGUGAGCCAAGCACUAGCCCAGUCCCAGGCAACCGGCAACUCAAAAGCAGUCGCGCAGGCGCUGUCCCAGGCCGUCAACGAGGGUGGCGGUGCCGCCGCGCAGGCUGUCGCCCAAGCGUACGCACAGACCGUCGGCCAGGGCAACAGCGCUGCCGCCGCUGAAGCCAUCGCCCAAGGCGCGGCCGCAGGCGGGGCUGAAUCUGAUGCUCAGGCCAAGGCCCUUUCGUCCGCCUUUGCGAGCGGCGGAGGCACGGCGCAGGCCGUGGCGCAGGCGACCGCCGAGGCAUACGGGCGCCAGCCUGAGCCUGUCGUGCUCACCCUGACCAAGGCCAUCACACAGGCCAACAGCGACCCCGCCCAGGUGGGCCCGGCGUCCAGCGCCAUUGCCAAGGCGCUGCUGGCGGGCGGCAACCAGGCCAAGGUUUUCGCGGCUGGCCUCCAGGCCGCCGUUCAGGCCGGGGGCUGCAACGCUGCCAACAACAUCCUCCGCAACCUGGAGGCGGCCGCCAGUGCCCAAGGGGGUGGCCGCGACGCUAUUGCCCAGGCCCUAUCCACCAACGGGGCCAGCAACGUCAUUCGAUGCCUGUAUCCCUCCUGCGCAAGCCAGUUCGGCAUCGGCAACUGCUGCAGCCAGGGCGGCUCGGCUGACUGCGCCUGCGUGGCCGGCGUGUGCAACUUCAGGCGCGUGACACAGGACCCCCUGGUGUGGGAGUCUCGCUUCAACCAGCAGCGCUGCGUGUGCCCUUGA